AUGAAUGGUCAUGUCUUUCAGGUGUAUCUGAUUGCAUUUGCUGUGCAGUGGAACAGCCGUAUGGAAUCACUCCGGGUUGCUGGUGGCCAUGGCAGGCAGACGUGGUGUAUGGACCCGCGGCAGAUUCAGCGCCUGAAUCAGCAGGCUGAUGUGCUCUUCGGUAAAGAGCAUGUCCUCGAGCCCAACUUUGCCACUCCAAUGCCCUACCCUGCUGUAUACAAGGACCCAGACGAGGAGGAGCUCCUUGGAGUAGAGUAUGCCAUGUGCCAGUCAACCAGCUUCACUGCAAGGGAUUACUAUGCCCAGCAAGUUGAGGAAGAGCAGUCCCGUGAAGAAGAGGAGACGGCUGAACAAAGCGAGGACAAGCUGGCAGAUGAGGGUGUAGACAUGGGUGCAGAGUCAGAGGAGGAUCCUAUGGACACUGUCAGUGACAAACAUGUCAUCCUCACUCAAUCAGAACAGGUAGAGGAGGAGGACAGUCCUGCUCUGCAGGAUGUGCUGAUGACCCAGAGCCAUCUGCAUCUUCCUGGGCUGGAGGAAGUGGAAGCCUUGGCCCUGCUCAUUUUAGAACUGGCAGACAACAGUGACCGUCACCUAGUGCCAGCUGACCUAAGGCUGAAGAUUGGCAAUGCAGUUGGUGCUCUGCAUGAGCAUGACAGGUCUGCAGCCAACUUUGUAAAAAGGUAUGAGUCAAGGUGGGGUUACACCCUGUUUGGCAGAUGCUUGGGAGCUGACACACCUGAGACCAGAGCAGCACAGAAGACAAAGUUUUCCUGGAUGAGGUACCCUCAGGCAGCCCAGGUGACUGAGGAUAGUCGUCUGUUGUACCUCAUUAUUAAGAUGCUGAAAAACCGGCCACCAGCCAGUCAUCUCACCUCCCCCACUAAAAUCACCAAUGCAAUCAAGGGCCAGUAUAAAAGGAUUGUAGACCGAGUCAGAGACGAUCCCAUCCUCAAAGGUCUCUCCAUUCCUCUGCCCAAUCUGAAUGCCAAGUCCAUCUCUACAUUCAUGGCAUGGGAAGAGAAGAAGGCUAACUACAGGGCAACAGUAAUGCCAAAGGUGAAACCCCACUAA